AUGAUGGAUAGUUAUACUGAAUCAGAAGAAGAUCAGUUCUUUGAUAGCCGCGAUGAGAUCACUUCGGUGUCUGAUUGGGAUUCACAUAACUCUGAGGAACCUACUUCUGGGCUCGUCAAUUGUGUUCCCAACGGUUUUGGAUAUGGGUUUUGGACUCAGAACCCAGAAAGCGUUGGUGAACGACGAAGUAGGUUGUUGAAGUGGAUGGGAUUAAGUGAAGAUUGUAAUCCAACUGAGAGAGAUGAGUCGGGGGAUACACCAUGUGAUGAAUUUAGAAUGGACAUAGACAGAAUUAGAGAGAAUAGUGGGGCUGUCCUUGCAAAUUCUGGUUUUGAUGAUCGUUGUAUGCCGAGUGGGUCUUUUGUGUCUUGCUUGUCAAAUGAAGCUUUGGGAUUGGUAGAAGAUAACGCUUUGGAAGACAAUUCUGUCUGUAAAAUCAGGAAUUUGGAUGAUGGGACAGAGUUCGUUGUAGAUGAACUGGGUCAGGAUGGGAUGCUUAUCAGAUUACGUGAAGUGGGUUCAAAUAGAAUGGUUUCUUUUGAAGAGUUUGAGAGUACUGUUGGCUCGUCUUCUUUGGUUCGGCAGUUCUUGCGAAGAGAAGCUGAGGUGGAUAACAUGGUGCAUACAAAGAAGAAAGUGAAGAGGGGUUGGCUUCAAAAGCUGAGUAUCAUGGCCCACACUGAGGAUAGGGACGAAGGAGCUGGCUUGAAGCCCUGUGGUAUCAGCUUAAAGGUGGAAGCUAGUGUUCGAAGAGUUCAGGUUCACUCAUAUAAGAAGCGGUCAAAGGAAUUGUCCUCUCUUCACAUAGGACAAGAAAUUCCUGCACAUACAGGCUCAAUUUUAACAAUGAAGUUUAGUCCUGAUGGCCAGUACCUGGCAACUGCUGGCGAAGAUGGCAUUGUACGUGUGUGGAAGGUAACUGAAGAUGAAAGACCAACCAGAUUAGACAUUCAAGAUGCUGAUCCUUCAUGUUUAUACUUCUCAUUGAGUCAGUUUUCUAAAUUAGCUCCUCUGAAUGAACAUACAGUUAAGAUUGGUAAGAUGAAAAGGUUGAGAAAAUCAGCAGAAUUGCCUUGUGUCAUUUUGCCACCGAAGGUUUUUGGGAUAUUUGAGAAACCUUUGCAAGAGUACCAUGGGCACUGCUGUGAGGUCUUGGCUCUUUCAUGGUCUAAGAAAGGGUAUUUGCUGUCGUCCUCUGCUGAUAAAACUGUUCGCCUAUGGCAAUUAGGACAUGACCAAUGCCUCAGAGUCUUUUCACAUAAUAACUAUGUGACUUCUGUGGAGUUUAAUCCCGUGGAUGAUAACUAUUUCAUUAGUGGCUCAAUAGAUGGGAAAGUACGCAUUUGGGAAGUGCAUGGUUGUCAAGUUGUUGAUUGGACUGAUAUAAGAGAAAUAGUGACUGCUGUAUGUUAUUGCCCCAACGGGAAGGGAGGCAUUGUGGGCUCCAUGGAUGGUAACUGUAUUUUCUAUGAUAUCAUAGAUAAUUGUUUGCAAUUGGGUUCUCAAAUAUGCUUACACGGAAAAAAGAAGUUACCUGGCAAGAGGAUAACUGGAUUUCAGUUUUGCCCGAAUGAUUUGACCAAAGUAAUAGUAACCUCGGCUGAUUCACAAGUUCGAGUACUAUCUGGGGCUAAUGUCAUCUGCAAAUUUAAGGGCAAUCAGAAUUCAGGAAGCCAGGCAUCUGCCUCGUUCACCUCAGAUGGGAAACACAUUGUCUCAGCUACUGAGGAUUCAAAUAUCUGUAUGUGGAACUACCUUAGUCAGGACCGGAUAUCUUCUAAAGCAAAGAAGAUCAAGUCUUGUGAGAGUUUCUUGUCCCACAAUGCUUCAAUUGCUAUACCUUGGUGUGGCAUGUCGAUUGUAUCAAGAACAUCAUCCGGGGAUGAUCUUCCAGGUUGUGUCUUGGCGAAUCAGCGCUUUGGCGAGGAUCUACAUCGCAAAAUGCCUUUAUCUUCUCCUGAUUGUUUCUCUUUAAGCCGUGGGUUUUUGUUGGAGGCCUUGCAUAAGGGAUCUGCCACUUGGCCAGAGGAGAAACUACCUAAUUCUAGUCCAUUGGCUAUUUCACCUUCAUUUUAUAAGUCCGGGUACAAGUUUUUGAAGAGUGCCUACCAGAGCACAUUUAGUUCUCCUCAUCUGUGGGGUCUUGUGGUUGUCACUGCAGGUUGGGAUGGACGGAUCAGAACGUACCUCAAUUAUGGGUUACCUAUGCGCCUCUGAAACCUCGUGGUCCAGCCGAAAGCAUCAAGGAUUGGAAUUCAGUUGGUUCAAUACAUAUACAGAUGAAUGUGCAGUGCAAAUAUAGAUGUCAGUCGAGACAAAAAUAGUACGUCCGUGUGGACCCUUUUAUAGAUUAUAAGGUGAAUGAUAAUUAAAUUAGGCUAUAUGCAAAAAGGCGACGCUGACGGUAAGGCCAACAAAGGGGCUGGAAUUCUUUCUGUAAUGAAAUAUUGAGCUUAUGGCCAGCUACGUAAUUCUUUGAUUUGUUUGGAUGACAGGUUCAGGGCUGGUGGUACAGAAGCUUAUAGAGCGCAUGUGCCAAUGGGCCCGUUUAUGUAUCUAAAUGAUUUAUUGAAUGAAUAUAUUUUGUAACUGACCAA